AUGACACGAAUUCAAAUACUCAAAUAUGCAGCUGACAAACUGAUUGGUAUACCUUUAACAAACACUUCUACUACUGAAUAUAAAUCAGAUCUAUUAUGUCUUAAAACUGCUAAGCCAUAUGAACAAAAUAAAUUCCUUGUACAUAAUGACUCAAUAACUGACAAGGUAAAAUUUACAAAAGCAUCAAUAGAACAAUAUCGUCGACGUCUAGAAAGAAUUGAAUAUGAUCGAAUACAUUCAUUUCUUGGUGGUGAAAAAGUCAGUUCAUUAUUGUAUUUUUUAAAUGACCAACUUUGUUGUUUAGUUUAA